GGCCCAAGUAUCGCCGCGCCGCCGCCCCCGAGUGCCCCACCAUGAGCUACACCAUGGAGCCCCUGGGCAACCCCUCGUACCGCCGGGUGACCGAGACCCGGGCCACCUACAGCCGCGCCAGCGCCUCCCCGUCCAGCGGCUUCCGCUCGCAGUCGUGGUCCCGGGGCUCGGGCAGCACCGUGUCCUCCUCCUACAAGCGCCCCAACCUGGGGGUCCCGCGGGCUGUCUACGGCUCCACGGUGCUGAGCUCAGCCGAGAGCCUGGACGUGAGCCAGUCCUCGCUGCUGAACGGCGCGGCGGAGCUGAAGCUGAGCCGUUCUAACGAGAAGGAGCAGCUGCAGGGGCUCAACGACCGCUUCGCCGGGUACAUCGAGAAAGUGCAUUACCUGGAGCAGCAGAACAAGGAGAUAGAGGCGGAGCUGGCGGCGCUGCGGCAGAAGCACGCCGGGCGGGCGCAGCUGAGCGAUGCUUACGAGCAGGAGCUGCGGGAGCUGCGCGGGGCCCUGGAGCAGGUGAGCCACGAGAAAGCGCAGAUCCAGCUGGACUCGGAGCACAUCGAGGAGGACAUCCAGCGCCUGCGGGAGCGCUUCGAGGAUGAGGCGCGGCUGCGCGACGAGACGGAGGCCACCAUCCGCGCCCUGCGCAAGGAGAUGGAGGAGGCCUCUCUGAUGCGGGCGGAGCUGGACAAGAAGGUGCAGUCGCUGCAGGACGAGGUGGCCUUUCUGCGGGGUAACCACGAGGAGGAGGUGGCCGAGCUGCUGGCGCAGCUGCAGGCGUCCCAUGCCACGGUGGAGAGGAAGGACUACCUGAAGACCGACCUCACCACGGCGCUGAAGGAGAUCCGCGCCCAGCUGGAGUGCCAGUCCGACCACAACAUGCACCAGGCCGAGGAGUGGUUCAAGUGCCGCUACGCCAAGCUGACGGAGGCGGCCGAGCAGAACAAGGAGGCGAUCCGCUCCGCCAAGGAGGAGAUCGCCGAGUACCGCCGGCAGCUCCAGUCCAAGAGCAUCGAGCUGGAGUCCGUGCGCGGCACCAAGGAGUCGCUGGAGCGGCAGCUCAGCGACAUCGAGGAGCGUCACAACAACGACCUCACCACCUACCAGGACACGAUCCAUCAGCUGGAGAAUGAGCUUAGAGGAACAAAGUGGGAAAUGGCACGUCACUUGAGGGAAUACCAGGACCUCCUCAAUGUCAAGAUGGCUCUGGACAUCGAAAUUGCUGCAUACAGGAAGCUACUGGAGGGUGAAGAGACAAGAUUCAGUGCCUUCUCUGGAAGUAUUACUGGGCCCAUAUUCACACACAGGCAACCAUCAGUCACAAUAGCAUCCACUAAGAUUCAGAAAACAAAGAUCGAACCACCAAAGCUGAAAGUCCAGCACAAGUUUGUAGAAGAAAUCAUCGAGGAGACAAAGGUAGAAGAUGAAAAGUCUGAAAUGGAAGAUGCCCUAGCAGCUAUUGCGGAAGAAAUGGCAGUCAAAGCCCAGGAGGAAGAAAAAGCAGAAGAAGCAGCUGCAGAGGAGGAAGAGAAGGCUGCUGCAGAACAAGCUGCUGAGGAAGAAGAGAAGGAGGAAGAAGAAGCCGAGGAGGAGGAAGAAGCUGCAAAAUCCGAUGCAGCAGAAGAAGGAGGUUCUGAAAAGGAAGAAAUAGAGGAAAAAGAAGAAGGGGAGGAGGCUGAGGAAGAGGAGGAGGAAGCCGAGGCCAAGGGCAAAGCUGAAGAGGUAGCAGCAAAGGUAGAGAAGGUCAAAUCACCCCCUGCAAAAUCCCCCCCUAAAUCUCCUGUAGCCGAGCCGGCCAAGGCUGCCCAGAAAGAACCAGCCGCAGAGGCAGGCAAAGAACAGAAGGUGGAGAAAGGCGCUGAGAAACCGGCCAAGGAGGAGGAGAAAGCGGCGUCUCCAGAGAAGCCAGCAACACCAAAGGUCGCCUCCCCAGACAAGGCAGCGACCCCGGAGAAGGCUCUGACCCCGGAGAAAGCAGUGGCCCCAGAGAAGCUCCGCUCCCCGGAGAAGCCGGUGACACCAGAGAAGCCGGUGACACCAGAGAAGCUCCGCUCCCCGGAGAAGCCGGUGACACCGGAGAAGCUCCGCUCCCCGGAGAAGCCGGUGACACCAGAGAAGCCGGUGACACCGGAGAAGCCCCGCUCCCCAGAGAAACCAGCACCUCCGGAGAAGCCCCGUUCCCCAGAGAAGCCGCCGUCCCCGGUCAAAGAUGGGAAGGCUGUGGUGGAGGAGACGGUCACGGUCACGAAGGUAACCAAGAUCAGUGCAGAGGUAGAGAAGGGGUCGAGGAAAGAAGACAUCGCAGUGAAUGGGGAGGUGGAGGAGAAGAAGGAAGAGGAGGAAUCCAAAGAGAAGGAGGUUGAGGAGGAGGACAAGGGAGUUGUCACUAACGGCCUAGAUGUGAGCCCAAUUGAUGACAAGGGUGAGAAAAUAGUAGUAACCAAAAAAGCAGAGAAGAUCACUGGUGAAGGCGGGGACAGUACGACCACAUACAUCACCAAGUCGGUGACCGUCACCCAGAAGGUAGAGGAACACGAAGAGAGCUUUGAGGAGAAAUUAGUGUCCACCAAGAAAGUGGAGAAAGUCACUUCACACGCUGUAGUAAAAGAGAUUAAAGAGGCCGAAUAAAACAAAUCAUAGCUAAGUUAAAACUCGAGCUUGGGUCGGUGCAAAAGGUUAAGCCAUAUGACAGCUGCAAAAUGCAUGUGGGUGACGGCUUCAAAGCAGAACGGGUUCUCUCAUGGAGGCUCCAGACACACAGUAUCUUUCUUUUUUGUGCAAUAUAAAGGGGAAGGGGGGGGGAAUGCAUGCAGGCUCAAGAUGUGCUCCCUCCACAGAGCUUGGGGCUCUACAAAACAUAACUACUAUAAUAGUGCAUGAGAUGAAAUGUGCAGAGGAAGCUUUUGAAUCUCCUGAGCUGUUGGAGGGACGUAUCUGAGGGAUGACUUAAGAUGUAUUAUGCAAAGAACCAACUGAGCCAAAAAGACAAACAGAAACCAGUCAUAGAAUAUUCAUGAGAACCAGAACUCUCCUAGCCUUAAAAGAAUAAAAGCUACUUAUAAAGAAUUAUGUUUACCUCACUGGUGCAAUUUAGGGUGGACUUUUGCUCAUGGGAGAACCUAGUUGACAUGCACAGUACGCAACCUUUUGUUGUUUGAUGUAAAAGUCACAGCAGUUCUUGCUCAAUAAAGGUCAAUACUGAAAAC